AUCAUUGGUGAAGCAUCGACAAGUCAUUUCUUUAUUCAUAGUGAUUGGGGUGGAAUGGUUCAUACCAACCAAUCACUUGCACUAUCAUCGUUGCCAAGUGGCUGGCUUUAUGGCAAAACCAAUUGUUCAACAAUUCAUAAAAUUUGUGAAAGAGCAAAGCUUUUAAAUAAUCGCACCAACAUAUUGAUUAAAAUUAUUGUAGAUUCACUCCAAACAUUAUCACCACAAAUUACUUCUUUAAUUCAACUGGCAGAAAAUGUGAUUGAUUCGUCUUUUGCAACUGCUAACCAGACAGUGGUCGCGAACUGUGAUAUCGAUUUGGUUUUCGUCAUCGACACUUCUCAAAGUGUUGAGGACGAAUUUGCAAUGCAACUUCAGUUUGCAACUGAUUUGGUAAAGGCAAUCUCACCUUCUGAUCUGGGAUCACGAAUUCGAAUCGCUGCCAUCUCUUUUUACACGCAAACUGCGACGGAAUUUAAUCUCGACCAGUCCAAUAGUAGGCAAGAGGUACUGGAUGCUUUAUCAGCAAUUAAACAUACAGGUGGAGGAACGUCGAUAGCGAGUGGAGUGAAUUUAGCCGUUCAUGAAUUUGAAACGAGGGGAAAAAUUCAUGCAAGAAGAAUGGUCGUCCUUAUAUCAGAUGGUAACAGCCAGGAUACCUGGGAUAAAUUAUUAAUUGCGGCCAAUCGUCUUCGAUCGAUUAACGCUAAUGUUUACGUCGUCACGGCUAGUUCCGAUUACUUUUUCAGAGAAUUGGAAAUAUAUGCGGGAAGUAAGUGGUUUGUCUUUACUGAUGCGCGAAAGCGCCAGUUUCUUGGAGAAGCCAAGAAGUUCAUUGGCCAGUGCGAGAAUCAAAUUUAUAGCACUACAAAGAUCCAACGAUCAACAGUUUCACCUAUAAUCAAUACGACAUUUGACCUGGAAAUAGAAGAGCCAACUUCUUCUACCCUCCUCCCGUUGACAACUAGCAGUGCAAUUGUAUGCAAAAACGAAUUGGUAGACAUUGCAAUCGUAAUUGAUACGUCAACAAGUGUUGAUAAAGAAUUUGAUGCGGAAAAGAGCUUCGCUCUCGAUCUGAUAAAAAUCUUACCAGAGACUGGCUUUAUUGAACAAUUUGCGAUAGCAAUAAUUCAAUUCGCUGGUAAUGCAAAACUCACAUUUGGCUUUGGUCAAAUACCUAAACGAGAUGAUAUACUUUAUGAAAUUGAUCGUAUUGAGAAUAGCGGUGGACAAACAUCUUUAGUAGCAGGAAUUAACGAAAUUUUAAAAGAAAUCGAAAGGCGGCACCGUCCUAAUGCUCGGCUUAUAACCGUGAUUAUAUCUGAUGGAAAUAGUCAAGAUUCAUGGCCCGUUGUGCAAAAAACAGCGGGAAAGCUUCGAGACAUUAGUGAAGUAUAUGCUGUGACUCUUUCUCCAUCCUACUAUUAUGAUGAACUGAAAGAAUACACCGGCUCUGAUAAACGUGUAUAUGUUGAUGACCGUAUAAGUCAAUUCUUGAAGGAGGUAGGAAUUUCGGUUUUAAGUUGCACUGGACAACAACGAAGAGCUAAUGCGGCUUCUGAUCAAAUAUAUACUAUUUUCAACAAUGAAUUUGAUUUAAAUAAUAUCGAUGUGAAAUAUAAGAAACUUCGAGCCAAAAUUAUUGCUGCACGUUUCGAGAAUGUGACACUUAAGGAUCAUACCUCCUCAAAAAGAGCUGAAUUUGCGAUAGAUGAAAUACCAACUGUCAAAGUUUAUAAUAGCGAAACGAAUGUACAAAAAUGCAAUUAUUCAAAGAUGGAUUUGGAGAUCAUAUUAGAUGCUUCAAGUAGCCGUCAAGAAGUUUUUGAACAUCAACGCGAAUUGGCAUUAUCACUAAUCGAACGACUUCCUAUUGACGCUGAUGAAACGCAUGUUGCUGUUGGCAUUAACUCCUUUACGCAGGUGCCAACGUUAAGACAAACUCUCGGACUUGGAAGAGAUAAACAAAUGGUUCGUAAUGUCAUCGAAAAUAUUAAAUACAAAGGAGGCAGCACCCUCACGGCAAGAGCUGUACAAUUGUCGGUGCAGGAUUUGCAAAGAGGUCGAAGGCCGGAUGCGAUACAAGUUGUUGUGUUAAUGAAUGAUGGCAUGUCACAAGAUCCGUGGGAUGCAGUUCUUUUGGCAAGUGACCAACUUCGUGCAACUGGAGCUGAACGUUUUGGUGUUGCUUUGGGUGAGAAUAUUGAUCUCCGUGAAUUAAAGUUGUAUAUUGGAAAUGAAGACCGCAUCUAUCGUGAUGGAUCCACAGAGCGAUUCCUGUCAGAUGUUGUUAACCUUUUGACAGCAGGCAAGAAUUGUAGCUUCUCACUUACACAGAAACCAACAGAGACAAAUAUUUCCAACUGUAAGCCGGAAAACUUAGAUAUUAUUAUCCUUUUUGAUAAUGCAGACGAAACUGAUAAUUUGAGCGAUCCUGCAAUAACCGCCAACCGAUAUUUACUUCUCGAUAUCUUAGGUUCAUUACCAGUCGAAACUGGUGCACGAAUCCGAUUUUCUAUCAAUACCUUCACAAAUGAACCGAAAUCUAUCAUAAGUUUAAGUGAUCGUCAAGAGAGACAAUUAAUUUUCAAUAAGGUUGAAACAAUAAAAGCUGAACAUGGAAAAUCAUCAUAUGCUAGAGUUGUAAAUCAUGCGUUAAACGAAUAUGAAAAAUCUCACCGCACUGAUGCUCGAGGAAUUUUGCUUAUUGUUGGGGAUGGUAAAUCAGAAGACGAUGAGAAUAGUCGUAAAUCUGCUUCGCAACGUAUUAAAGCAGCGAAAGGUCUGACCUGUUUCGCGGUCGAUGGUAGGAAAUCUAUCGAUUCAUCGGUUCUCGCUGAAUAUACUGGCUCUGAGGAAAGGGUUUUCAACUACGAUAAAAAUGCUGAAUUUGCUAGAAUUUUUUUACAAGAAACAAGUGCUCCCACCAAUUCGAACUGCAGCACUUAUUUCUUGGAACAAGAUAAAUCCUUAGUUUUAAAAUCCAUUAAAAAUAUACAAAAUUCUCUCGUCGACGAUUUGCGAAAUACGACGCUUAGCAGAGAAGUUUCAAUAAAACAGGGACGUUUAUCGCCUAAAUCAUCGAAAGCUAUUUCUGAAUUACUUGCGACGACAACGAUUCCACCAAGAAUUUCAGCAACUUCUCUGAAUUCUAAGCUACCAAUGUCAUUUGAAUUUUCGAAUGCUAGCGAACCAUCUGCUAUCGAAAUGGUGGCUCCAGGCUGCAAAAUUGAUUUAAUAAUCAUAUUGGAUUCGUCUGGAUCAGUUGAGGAUUCUUUCGAUCGAGAAAAACAAUUAGCGUCUGGCAUUGUUGAGCGAUUAACUGUCGGUCCAAAUGAUUCUCGGAUAGCAAUUAUCAAGUUUGCGGCUAAAGAGAAAGUGCGAACCAUUUGGUCAUUCAAGCAGAUUCAAAGUCAAACCAGUAUAAGAAAUGCUUUAAAAUCAAUGACUUUUAGUAGUGGAACUACCGCUAUCGAUACUGCAUUAUUACAGGCAAUCGCUGAAUAUACACCUGGAAAGGGUGCUCGACCUGGUCAAGCGACACCUGUUUGUAUUAUUUUUACUGAUGGUUUUGGCCAAAAGGAUGCAACUGAAUCAGCCAAUCUCCUUAGGAGUAUUAUUCCUAAUGUUUUCUCUGUCGCCGUUACUCGUCAGAUGACGGUAAAUCGACAUGAACUGGAAAAAAUUGCCGGAUCAAAGCAACGAGUAUUCACCGAUGAUAAUAUACUUCAAUUUUAUGCAGUGUUCGAAAAACUCAGAAAAAACUGUUAA